UCCUCCUCCGCGGCCCCGGCCCCGCUCAUGGCGACGCUGGGCACAUCCGGGCCUCUCCUCCUUCUUCUCCUCCUCCUCCUCCGGCGGCCGCCGCUGCCCUGAGCGCCCGGCCCGGCUCCAUUCGCGCCUCCCCCGAGCCCUUGGCGGAGCAGCGGCGGGGGAGCCCCGGCCGGGGCCAUGUCCAACCCGGGGGCCCGGCGGAACGGGCCCGUCAAGCUGCGGCUGACAGUACUGUGUGCAAAAAACUUGGUGAAAAAGGACUUUUUCCGACUUCCUGAUCCCUUUGCUAAGGUUGUGGUGGAUGGAUCUGGCCAAUGCCAUUCUACAGAUACUGUGAAGAAUACACUUGAUCCCAAAUGGAAUCAGCAUUAUGACCUAUAUAUUGGGAAGUCGGAUUCAAUAACAAUCAGCGUGUGGAAUCACAAGAAAAUUCAUAAAAAGCAGGGAGCUGGUUUUCUGGGUUGUGUGAGACUUCUUUCCAACGCAAUCAACCGCCUUAAAGACACUGGUUAUCAGAGGUUGGAUCUGUGCAAGCUUGGGCCAAAUGACAACGAUACUGUUAGAGGACAGAUAGUAGUCAGUCUUCAGUCCAGAGACCGAAUAGGCACAGGAGGACAAGUUGUGGACUGCAGUCGGUUAUUCGAUAACGAUUUACCAGAUGGGUGGGAGGAGCGCAGGACUGCUUCUGGAAGGAUCCAGUAUUUAAACCACAUCACACGGACAACUCAGUGGGAGCGACCGACACGGCCAGCAUCCGAGUACUCGAGCCCGGGCCGGCCCCUGAGCUGCUUUGCGGAUGAGAACACUCCGAUCAGCGGCACCAACGGCGCGUCCUGCGGGCAGGCGGCGGAUCCGCGGCUGGCCGAGAGGAGGGUCCGCUCCCAGAGGCACAGGAACUACAUGAGCAGGACACACCUGCACACUCCUCCCGACCUGCCUGAAGGAUAUGAGCAAAGGACAACUCAGCAAGGUCAGGUCUAUUUUCUGCAUACUCAAACUGGUGUCAGCACGUGGCAUGAUCCAAGAGUACCUAGGGAUCUUAGCAACAUCAAUUGUGAAGAGCUUGGUCCACUGCCUCCUGGAUGGGAGAUCCGAAAUACAGCAACAGGCAGGGUUUAUUUUGUUGACCAUAACAACAGGACGACGCAGUUCACGGACCCGCGGCUCUCUGCAAACCUGCACUUGGUGCUGAACCGGCAGAACCAGCUGAAGGACCAGCAGCAGCAGCAGCAGCAGCAGGUGGUGUCCCUGUGCCAGCUCCCGGACGAGGCAGAGUGCCUGACGGUGCCGCGCUACAAGCGGGACCUGGUGCAGAAGCUCAAGAUCCUGCGGCAGGAGCUGUCCCAGCAGCAGCCUCAGGCUGGCCACUGUCGGAUCGAGGUCUCCAGGGAGGAGAUUUUUGAGGAAUCCUACAGGCAAGUCAUGAAGAUGAGGCCAAAAGACUUAUGGAAACGAUUAAUGAUAAAAUUUCGUGGGGAGGAAGGCCUUGAUUAUGGAGGUGUUGCCAGGGAGUGGCUGUACCUGUUGUCCCAUGAAAUGUUGAAUCCAUACUAUGGGCUCUUCCAGUAUUCCCGAGAUGACAUCUACACCCUGCAAAUCAACCCCGACUCCGCCGUCAACCCGGAACAUUUGUCCUAUUUCCACUUUGUGGGCCGGAUCAUGGGCAUGGCCGUGUUCCAUGGGCACUACAUUGACGGGGGCUUCACGUUGCCUUUCUACAAGCAGUUGCUUGGGAAGCCAAUCACUUUGGAUGACAUGGAAUUGGUUGACCCUGAUCUCCAUAACAGCUUAGUCUGGAUACUUGAGAAUGACAUCACCGGGGUCCUGGACCACACGUUCUGUGUGGAACACAAUGCCUAUGGGGAGAUCAUUCAGCAUGAGCUGAAACCCAAUGGCAAAAGCAUCCCUGUGACAGAGGAGAACAAAAAGGAAUAUGUCAGACUUUAUGUGAACUGGCGGUUUUUACGAGGAAUUGAAGCUCAGUUUCUGGCGCUCCAAAAGGGAUUUAAUGAAGUAAUCCCACAACAUCUGCUGAAAACAUUUGAUGAGAAGGAGUUAGAGCUCAUCAUUUGUGGACUGGGAAAAAUUGAUGUUAACGACUGGAAAGCAAAUACCAGGUUAAAACACUGUACCCCGGACAGCAACAUCGUGAAAUGGUUCUGGAAAGCCGUGGAGCUCUUCGACGAGGAGAGGAGGGCGCGGCUGCUGCAGUUCGUGACCGGCUCCUCCCGGGUGCCUCUGCAGGGCUUCAAGGCACUGCAAGGUGCUGCAGGCCCACGACUCUUCACAAUACACCAGAUUGAUGCCAGCACUAAUAAUUUGCCGAAAGCUCAUACCUGCUUCAACAGGAUCGACAUUCCCGCAUACGAGAGCUACGAGAAGCUCUACGAGAAGCUGCUCACGGCCAUCGAGGAGACCUGUGGCUUUGCUGUGGAAUGACCCUCCCAGCCUCUCCCAGACUCUAUUUAUACUCCUGUCAGCCAGAAAGCCCUUCCUUCCCUCAGCCAAGACUCAAGGAAUGCUUGAAAUACAGGAAACUUUCCCUUUUCUACACUAGGACACUGGGAGGGAAAGGACAACUUUUGGAUUUUUUUUUUUUUUUAAUUUUUUAUUUCAAGAAAAUAGGUUCUGUGGUUCCUGCCAUAGGAUCAUUCAGCUGCUAUUAAAAACUAAUAUCUUGAACAUACAGAAUGCUGACUUUUCCUACAUUUCAACAGUUAAGCAGUAUUCUAUACUUAAAGACUACUACUAUUUUUGUAAGAGGUAAUCUAUUAUAUUUGCCUACCUGAUUUCUAUUCUCAGAUACCAAGACACAACUUCAGCAGUCGGUACAAGUCACGUUUCAGCCUGUUUUAAAUGUAUGAUACUGAACAGCAUCUAUGCCUGCUAUUUUUGGAAAAAAGUAUUUUGGAUUAUUCUAACUUUGCAUAAAAUUGGCUGAAAGAAUCAUUAAUCUUUUUAAUGAAAGCCACUUACAUGUUAACUGCAUUUUCUUAUCGUAAACCAUUAUAUUCUGCAAUGUAAAUUCCAGGUAAAUGUUGCCACAAGGGGCUUCUUUUUUAUAUUUUUCAAGCAGGAAUUCCGAAUAUGAUGUUUUGGGGUCCUAUUUAUAUCACUUGUCAGAU